AUGCCGGCUCUGCCAGCGCUGCUGCUGUCGAUUCACCUCCUCGUCCUCCUCCUGCUGUUGCUUCUGCUGACCAUGGCCCCGUCCUCUCACAGCCAGGUGCCCGCUCUCUCAGCCGUCAGGAUGGCUGCUAUUUUAGAUGAUCAGUCAGCGUGUGGACGUGGAGAGCGGUUGGCAUUGGCUCUGGCCCGAGAAAACAUCAACAGUGUGAUGGAGGGCCCGUCACGAGCCCGCGUGGAGGUCGACAUCUUUGAGCUGCAGAGAGACUCUCAAUAUGAGACUACAGACACAAGCCUGCUGCGAUUGGAGGAGCUUGUGCGUCACUUCCUUAUAUCCCGGGAAACACUCUCAGUCAGAAUGCUUGAUGAAAAUUUGGACCCCACCCCCCUGCUGAAGGAAAUCCGUGACGACAAAGUUGCGACUAUUAUCAUUGAUGCCAAUGCAUCAGUGUCAAUACUAAUAUUAAAGAAGGCCUCAGAAUUAGGCAUGAUGUCAGCCUUCUACAAGUACAUCCUCACCACAAUGGAUUUCCCUCUGUUGAGGUUGGAUGAUGUGGUAGAUGAUCAGUCAAAUAUCAUUGGCUUCUCCAUGUUGAACAGCAGUCAUCCUUUCUACCUAGAGUUCAUCAGGAGUCUAAAUCUGUCAUGGAGGGAAGGUUGUGACCUCAGCCCCUACCCUGGUCCAGCGUUGUCAUCUGCACUGAUGUUCGACGCAGUGCAUGUGGUGGUCGGAGCGGUGCGAGAACUGAACCGCAGUCAGGAGAUCGGAGUGAAGCCUCUGAGUUGCACGUCUUCACUCAUCUGGCAGCACGGCACAAGUCUCAUGAACUAUCUGCGCAUGAUAGAGUAUGAUGGCCUAACAGGCCGCGUGGAGUUUAACAGCAAAGGCCAGAGGACCAAUUACACGCUGCGUAUUCUUGAGAAAUUCAAGGGGGGUCACAAAGAGAUCGGUGUCUGGUACUCCAAUAACACGUUGGCUAUGAACUCCACGUCUUUAGACAUCAACGCAUCUGAGACUUUAGCUAACAAGACGCUCAUCGUCACCACGAUACUGGAAGAUCCAUAUGUGAAGCGCAAGGCGCACUACCAGGACUUCCGGGGUAACGAUCAGUACGAGGGAUUCUGUGUGGAUAUGCUGCGGGAGCUGGCAGACAUUCUGAAGUUUUCCUUCCGGAUCAAGCUGGUGGAUGACAGGCUGUAUGGAGCUCCAGAACCUAAUGGCUCAUGGACUGGCAUGGUGGGGGAACUCAUCAACAGGAAAGCAGAUCUGGCAGUGGCUGGAUUUACCAUCACAUCGGAGAGGGAGAAGGUCAUCGAUUUCUCCAAACCUUUCAUGAACCUUGGCAUCAGUAUCCUGUACCGCGUCCACAUAGGCAGGAAGCCAGGUUAUUUCUCCUUCUUGGAUCCCUUUUCGCCAGCUGUCUGGCUAUUCAUGCUUUUAGCCUAUCUGGCCGUUAGCUGUGUGCUCUUCCUGGCUGCCAGACUGAGUCCGUACGAGUGGUACAAUCCCUUCCCGUGUUGGCGGGACCGCAGCGACCUGCUGGAGAAUCAGUACACACUGGGGAACAGCCUGUGGUUUCCAAUCGGUGGUUUCAUGCAGCAGGGCUCAGAGAUCAUGCCCCGGGCUCUGUCCACACGCUGUGUCAGCGGCGUUUGGUGGGCAUUCACACUGAUCAUCAUUUCCUCCUACACGGCGAACCUUGCAGCUUUUCUGACGGUCCAGAGGAUGGAGGUGCCAAUCGAAUCUGCUGACGACUUGGCCGAUCAGACAAACAUCCAGUAUGGGACUAUUCAAGGAGGAAGUACUAUGACCUUCUUCAUGAACUCGCGCUACCAGACGUACCAGCGCAUGUGGAAUUACAUGUACUCCAAGCAGCCCAGUGUGUUCGUGAAGAGCACGGAGGAGGGCAUAGCUCGGGUUUUAAACUCCAAGUACGCCUUUCUUCUGGAAAGCACCAUGAACGAGUACCACCGACGCCUCAACUGCAACCUCACGCAGAUUGGAGGCCUGUUAGACACCAAGGGCUACGGCAUCGGCAUGCCUCUGGGUUCACCAUUCAGAGAUGAGAUCACAUUAGGCAUACUGCAGCUGCAAGAAAACAACAGAUUAGAAGUCCUAAAGCGUCGAUGGUGGGAGGGCGGAAAGUGUCCUAAAGAAGAAGACCAUCGAGCCAAAGGUCUAGCCAUUAUGGAGUUUGUGUGGUCCACGCGCCGCUCGGCCGAGACAGAUGAGGUACGCCUUCACUCCUGCCCCAUCCGAAACCACAGACACUCACGAGUGUCAGUAUGUCAGGAGAUGAUGACUGAAUUCAGAAACGUUAUCUCCUGUAAAAAGAACACUCGUUUGCGGCGCCGGCGACCCCUCUCGUCCCAGGGCAUCCUCCGGCCCCCGGCCCGUCUCCCUUUAGGAGCUCCCCGUCAAAUGCGCCUUGUGCGGGAGAUGCGUCUCAGCAACGGCAAACUCUACAGCGGGACAGGACCAUUAACUGGCGCUGCAGCAGGACCGGGACCUGGUGGGGGCGCUGCGGAAAUGGGCCCAGGCCCUCAGCGACUGCUGGAGGAUCCUCUCAGCGCCAGUGUCCCCAGUAGCGCACCCGCUCUGGUCCCCACGGCGGCGCCCCGCGGCUGCACCCACGUGCGAGUGUGCCAGGAGUGCCGGCGGAUCCAGAGCCUUCGCUCCAUGCCAUCUUGCUCACGCAUCUCGCCACUGGCCUCCGCCACGUCCUCUCUCCCACGUUUGCCACCGCCGCCCCCCUCCGCCUCCAAUACAAACACUGACAGCGAGGAAGGAGGCUCGGGCAGCCCACGCAGGGCCAAACCCACGCCCCCUCCAAGGCCGCUGCCGCCCACUAAAACUCCCUCUACCGAUCUCCUCUGCAAGCAGGACUGAGACCGAGACUAAGGAAACUUUUGUCGGGACAAUAAUUUAAUGUAAAUGAGUGCUGGAGGACAGACGGAAAGACUCUGCCCACGACUCCAGUCAAAGUGAACUCUGGGAUACUGCAAAUAAAGGCCAUUUUUGAAUGCAAAAUUACACUGAGUGAGAGAAAGAUGAUUCAGCCAACCGCUUGCUGUCCAAGUGUCUGGUUUUAACACCACGUCUUGCAGCAGCGCUCAGAAAGCCAGUGAGGUUUGGCAUGCUGUUGAGACUAUGUAAUGCAUAUCCUGUGAAAGUAUGCUAUGCAACAUGUCAUAAAGGGAAAGGUGCAGGAAAACUAUGAGGACAGUUGUUAGUUUUGCAAAGAAGUGUGGAUCUUCUUCAUGCUUUGUGAUGGGGGACUGCGCUCCUGUGAGAGGACGAUGGAGUCUGUACCUAAAACGUGUGCACAUUGAACUGAAAUGACUUUGGUGCAAAUUCAUUUUAUUUUAUUUCUUCAUUCUUUAAAUAAGUUGGGGAGGGUUACAAUUCAUUUUUAUUCCUGAAUGUCUCUUGCUUGUUUUCCUUUCUAGCUUCUUCUUUGGUUUCAUUCUUUCAGUU